AGACUUAGCACAAUCUCAUCCGCUCUAAACAACCUCAUCAAAACUACUUUCUGGUCAGAGAGAAGCAAUAAUUAUUAUUAACAUUUAUUAACGAUCAAUAAACUUGAUUGCAUUAUGGCCAGCACUAUCAAGGAAGCAUUGUCCGUCGUGAGCGAGGACCAGUCGCUAUUUGAGUGUGCCUACGGAACGCCACACCUGGCGAAGACGGAGAUGACCGCGUCCUCCUCCAGUGACUAUGGCCAGACAUCCAAGAUGAGCCCGCGUGUCCCUCAGCAGGACUGGCUGUCUCAACCCCCGGCCAGGGUCACCAUCAAGAUGGAGUGCAACCCCAGCCAGGUGAACGGCUCAAGGAACUCCCCCGAUGAGUGCAGCGUGGCCAAAGGCGGGAAGAUGGUGGGCAGCCCGGACACCGUGGGGAUGAACUAUGGCAGCUACAUGGAGGAGAAGCACAUGCCACCCCCCAACAUGACCACGAACGAGCGCAGAGUGAUCGUCCCAGCAGAUCCCACACUGUGGAGCACAGACCAUGUCCGGCAGUGGCUGGAGUGGGCAGUGAAAGAGUAUGGCCUUCCGGAUGUGGACAUCUUAUUGUUCCAGAAUAUCGACGGCAAGGAGCUGUGCAAGAUGACCAAGGACGACUUCCAGCGGCUCACCCCGAGCUACAACGCUGACAUCCUGCUCUCCCACCUCCACUACCUCAGAGAGACUCCUCUUCCACAUUUGACUUCCGAUGAUGUGGAUAAAGCCUUACAAAACUCGCCGCGGUUAAUGCACGCUAGAAACACAGGGGGUGCAGCUUUUAUUUUCCCAAAUACUUCAGUAUAUCCUGAAGCUACGCAAAGAAUUACAACUAGGCCAGAUUUACCUUAUGAGCCUCCCAGGAGAUCAGCCUGGACCAGUCAUGGCCACCCCACCCCUCAGUCAAAAGCUGCUCAGCCGUCUCCUUCCACAGUGCCCAAAACUGAAGACCAACGUCCUCAACUAGAUCCUUACCAGAUUCUUGGACCAACAAGUAGCCGCCUUGCUAACCCAGGUAGUGGCCAGAUCCAGCUCUGGCAGUUUCUCCUGGAGCUCCUGUCUGACAGCUCCAACUCCAACUGCAUCACCUGGGAAGGCACCAACGGGGAGUUCAAGAUGACAGACCCCGACGAGGUGGCCCGGCGCUGGGGAGAGCGGAAAAGCAAACCCAACAUGAACUACGAUAAACUCAGCCGCGCCCUCCGUUACUACUACGACAAGAACAUCAUGACCAAGGUCCACGGGAAGCGCUACGCCUACAAGUUCGACUUCCACGGGAUCGCCCAGGCCCUCCAGCCCCACCCGCCAGAAUCCUCUCUGUACAAGUACCCCUCAGACCUCCCCUACAUGGGCUCCUACCACGCCCACCCUCAGAAGAUGAACUUUGUGGCGCCCCACCCUCCAGCCCUCCCAGUCACAUCCUCCAGUUUCUUUGCUGCCCCAAACCCCUACUGGAAUUCACCCACUGGGGGCAUAUACCCGAACACCAGGCUGCCCACCGGCCACAUGCCUUCCCACCUGGGCACUUACUACUAACCCCUCGAUGGAGGCCUUUCCCAACAGUGUACAAUCGCCGAUCAAUUGCCACAAACUCUGUCGGAGAACAUGAAUUAGAAGUGCCUCACGCAGGAGGAAGAAGCUUGAUGGGCUGGGGAAGGGAGCCAGGGAAGAGACCCAAAGACUCAUGGCGGGAGGGAGUUUCUAAAGUAUUACUACAGAAAUAAGAUGCUCAAAGUGUAAUGCAUAUGGAUGUAGGAUCUGUGGGACCAACCGUGACAAAGACAUUGUGUGCAGCAAGCAGGAAGUCCUGAGGACAAGUGCCAAAGGAAGUGGCCUUAAGUAGUGUAUGAACUGUAGAGUGUGGGAUCCCGCUCAUGCAACCCAGGUUUAAACUAAAGCAAUAGAGAUAACACAGUCUUGGCCUAACCUACCGUUUAUAAUGUCAUUUUAAGGAAAACUACCUGUAUUUAAAAUAGAAACAUAUCAAAGCCAAAACAAGAAGACGAGAGAGACUGUGGCCCCGCAACAGACAUGGCCGGGGCUCCUCGGCAUUUGCUGCGUCAGCUGGAAUCCGAUUCGUUCCAUUUGACAGACAGCUGUCAGCUCUCUCAAACUGUGAAGACAACCCAAAGUUUCCAUCUCCUUUACAGGAUUGCAGGAACUAUGAGCCAAAUGGUGGGACUGCGGAUGUGUAUUGAGUGGGCGUGUUAUGGUAGACAGAGGGCUGGAGGAGGAGGACGAGGAGGAAGCAGAGGAGGAGGAGAGGAGGAGUGGAAGAGACUUUUCAAGCAGCAAAGACUGGAUUUAGGACACUUUUGGUGGAGAAAGAUUAUUCGUGGAGACCUGAGGUUUAAUGCAGUCAGUGUUAUACCAAACCCAGUGUUACCAGAAAGGACCCAGUGUAAUGGAGGAGGGGGGAGUGGUAGAAUUAAGAACCAAAAGAGCCAUCUCUUUGUUUGUCAAAAGAAAAAUUUAACUGGAAUUGUCUGAUAUUUAAAAGACACGUUCAGGACCUCAGCAUUCUGUAGGGGCCUUGUGCCCCACAGGGUCAGGUAAGAGUUGGCCUCUGGCCACCACAAUCAGAUCUCAAAGGCAUUUUGGGGAGGUGGGGGUCCAGUUUUCCUUUUUGAGUCGCGAACGCUGUGCGUUUGUCAGAAUGAAGUAUACAAGUCAGUUUUUUUUCCUUUUUAUAUAAUAAUUAUAUAACUUAUGCAUUUAUACACUACGAGUUGAUCUCGGCCAGCCAAAGACACAUGACACACAAAAAAAGAGACAAUCAAUGAUAUAAUGUGGCCUUGAACUUUAACUCUGUAUGCUUAAUGUUUACAAUAUGAAGUUAUUAGUUCUUAGAAUGCAGAAUGUAUGUAAUAAAAUAAGCUUGGCCUAGCAUGGCAAAUCAGAUUUA